GAGGGACUUUGGACCUUGUGUUCACAGUGCCACCUGGAGCCUGAAGAAAUUCAGUGACAAAUGCAAAGCCCUGCACCAGGGAAGGAAGAGCACCUUGCAGUAAUACAGGCUGGGAUUUGACUGGCUGGGAAGCAGCUCUGCUGGAGAAGCCAGAGGGAAUUAUCUAGGCUUCAAAAUGAAAGUGAGGAAGAAGAGUCUCCAAAAGUAUUAAAUUGAACAAUAAGUGUUGCUGUUAUUAAUUUCACUGGCUGCUGGACUAGUGUAAUCACUUGUUAGUCUCCAAGCCCAUGAUGAAGUUGUGUUUAUUUCCUGCUAUCAUGGAGAGGAAUAUAAAUGAAGAGUGAUGCAAUAUUAAUGCUUUCUAUGUGCAGCCCCAUAAGGAUCUUCUCUAAGGAGUUGCCGUAAGAUAAACGCUGAGAACAAUUUUUCUCCGGUACAAUGUGGUGAAACAGAGGAACUGAAAUUGUCCACUUUUGUACAGUCCGAGGACUUAAAAUGUUUGUUAUUUUGUGAGCAGAAGCAGCUCUGGAGUGAAUUGAACUUCUGAAAAUGCGGCCAUGGACUGGUUCCUGGCGUUGGAUUAUGCUCAUCCUCUUUGCUUGGGGAACUUUACUCUUUUAUAUUGGUGGACACCUGGUACGAGACAGUGAGCACCCUGAUCACUCUAGUCGCGAAUUAUCCAAGAUACUUGCUAAACUUGAACGUUUGAAGCAGCAAAAUGAAGACUUAAGGCGGAUGGCGGAAUCUCUCAGGAUACCAGAUGGUCCCAUUGAUCAGGGACCAGCUGCAGGAAAGGUACAUGCUUUAGAGGAGCAACUAUUAAAGGCCAAAGAACAGAUAGAAAACUAUAAGAAGCGGACAGGAGAUGGAGGCCUUGGAAAAGACCAUGAAAUAUUGAGGAGGAGGAUUGAAAAUGGGGCUAAGGAACUUUGGUUUUUCCUCCAGAGUGAAUUGAAGAAGUUGAAAAACUUAGAAGGAAGUGAACUGCAAAGACGCAUUGAUGAAUUUCUGUCUGAUUUGGGUCAUCAGGAAAGGUCAAUAAUGACCGACUUGUACUACCUCAGUCAAACAGAUGGAGCAGGAGAUUGGCGAGAAAAAGAGGCCAAAGAUCUAACAGAUUUGGUACAGAGGAGAAUAACUUACCUACAGAACCCGAAGGAUUGCAGCAAAGCUAAGAAACUUGUGUGUAAUAUCAACAAAGGCUGUGGCUAUGGUUGUCAACUUCAUCAUGUAGUCUACUGCUUCAUGAUCGCUUACGGCACUCAGCGAACACUCAUUUUAGAGUCUCAGAACUGGCGCUAUGCUACUGGUGGCUGGGAGACUGUAUUUAGGCCUGUGAGCGAGACAUGCACUGACAGAUCAGGUGCCACCACUGGACACUGGUCAGGUGAGGCUAAUGAUAAGGAUGUUCAGGUGGUGGAACUUCCCAUUGUUGACAGCUUACACCCACGGCCACCUUAUUUACCCUUGGCUAUCCCUGAAGACCUGGCCGAUAGGCUGAUUCGUGUCCAUGGGGAUCCUGCAGUGUGGUGGGUCUCGCAAUUUGUGAAAUACUUGAUUCGUCCACAGCCUUGGUUAGAAAAAGAAAUAGAGGAAGCCACAAGGAAACUUGGUUUCAAACAUCCUGUGAUCGGUGUUCACGUCCGAAGGACAGACAAAGUAGGAACAGAAGCAGCAUUUCAUCCCAUUGAAGAAUAUAUGGUACACGUUGAAGAGCGGUUUGAACUUCUUGCUCGCAGAAUGCAUGUUGAUAAAAAAAGAGUGUAUUUGGCUACAGAUGACCCUUCAUUGUUGCAAGAGGCAAAAUCCAAGUAUCCAAAUUACGAAUUUAUCAGUGAUAACUCCAUAUCCUGGUCAGCAGGACUUCAUAACCGAUACACUGAAAACUCCCUAAGAGGUGUUAUUCUGGAUAUUCACUUUUUGUCUCAGGCAGACUUCCUGGUCUGUACGUUUUCAUCCCAGGUUUGUCGAGUUGCCUAUGAAAUUAUGCAGACAUUGCAUCCAGAUGCCUCAGCGUAUUUCCAUUCUUUGGAUGAUAUCUACUAUUUUGGGGGACAGAAUGCUCACAACCAGGUUGCUAUUUAUGCUCAUCAUCCACGAACUGCUGAUGAAAUUCCUAUGGAACCUGGAGAUAUAAUUGGAGUAGCUGGAAACCACUGGGAUGGUUAUUCAAAAGGCAUCAAUAGGAAAUUAGGAAGAACAGGCCUGUACCCGUCCUAUAAAGUUAAGGAGAAAAUUGAGAUGGUCAAGUAUCCGACAUACCCAGAGGCUGACAAGUAGAUUAAAAGGAAGACGUUCAGCAGUAAUUUUCAAUUUUGAUUGGUUUGAACCAGUCAACACACUAACUAAUGGUUUAUAUGGGAUUUGUAUUUGCAUUUUAACAUGCAGUUAAAAUCAAAGCCUUUAGCAAUGAAACUGGAUUAAGAAGCUGAGAAGAAAUGGAUGGGCUACUCUCUGAACUUACUCUUAAACAUUUUUUUGUUAUAUGCACUCUCACACAUGCACACACAAAACCACAUACAACAAGAAAACUGCUGUUUUUUACUUUUUGUCUCUUUUCAGAAUUUGUCCCAGUCAUUAGUCUUACGUGAGCUUUGGGCUCUUUGCCAUUAAUUGACAAUAAUGUUCAGAUUUAUAACACUGCCGCAUUGUGUAAUUUGAGUGACAUGAACAUAUUUUGUAUGUGCAAAAUUGAAAACAUGGUGCCUAUAUUUGAAAAAUUUGUGACCUUUUUAGAAGAGCCAUGCCUGUUUCACAAUGGGCAAGAGUCAAUCUUCAACUGGUGUUAGCGUGACCACUGAACUUGCUUCAAACAACAGAUUAAGAUUUCAGACUAGAUUUCUUUACAAGUUUAUUUUUAGCAUUCCAUUGAUUACUUCUCAUCAUUAAUAAAAUAAAGGAUACAUCCAACAAUAAAAUACUCACUGUCUAUUAGGAACUUUUGUGAAACAAUGCCAUGAACAGGUUCUUUAGUACUGAUAAUGUUUCUGGACAUUGCAUUUGAUUGAAAAAAACCUCCCAAACAAACCACCACCCCCCCCAAAGGAAAAAGUAGCUGGAGUUUCACUGAAUUUUUAAACCCUCAUUGUGUAUUAUAACAACUGCUUAGUGGCACAGUGUUUCUCAGUUCUGUGGACUGGGUUUCAGCAGGAUGACUUCAGUAGCUCAAUUUCUUACAUUUACUCUCUAGCACUGUUCUUUUAUCUUCUGUGUUUCUCUUCCAAAAAUAUUUUUUUUUAGGGUAUUAUAGAUGUCCAUUUAUCAUCUUGGCAUUGGAUGUCAUUACUUUUAGUAAAAUACUUGUUAUCCCAUCUAUAGAACCCAUCAGUCUAGAGUACUCUAAAAAAAAAAAAUCUAUCAAUUUACCCAAAAAAUAGUAGAUUCCAAGAAAAGAUACACGAAGAUGAUUUUUUUAUGCAUGACAUGAAAUUGUUAGUAAUUCUUAGUGUGUUGAAAUCUGUUGCUAGUCUUCUCUCUAAUAAGAAAAGAGAUCAUUUACAAAACAAUUUUACAGACAAAUUUUUUUAUUUGGGGAUUGUGUAUAUAUAUAUUCUAAAAAUGUACAAGAUAUCAAGAGAUUAUUUACAAAUAGAAAGAAUAUUAAUAGCGUUUUACAAGUUCUAGUGCAAUCUAAUCUGGAAUACUGGAAGUGCAGAAAAUGUUUACUGUUCAGACACUGAGAAAACGCCACAUGAGUAAAGAUAAAAAAAGCAUGGCUGGUUGACCUUAACAAAGCAAAAGUUAAAAGUAUAUUUAAUUAUUUUUAUGUAUAGAGCAAGGACAGCAUUGACACAGCGAAUGGAUGCACUUGACCAUGAAUAAAUUUUAGGCUGAAAAGUAAGAGGAAGUCUCUGGUGGUGUGAAGUUCAGCAACAGUCUUCCAAUUGAAAUAGUGGUGAGUUAGAUGGAACUUGAUUGGUAUGUAAAAGACUUAACAAAGUAGUUAUCUCUGAUAUUACUUGCAGGACUGAUCCUGUAGACACCUUUCAAUUAUGUGUUCCUCAACUGAAAAACUAUUUUGUGUCUUGAAAAGGAAUAACAAAAUCAAAGUUGAAACCUGCUGUAGAAAAAAAAAAAAAAAAAAAAAGAUAAAUUGCCUGUUAGUAGUAUUAAAUAUACAUAUCAGUAAAAAUGAGCAUAGAUACCAAAUGGGAUUUAAAGACACCUUGAAGGAUAAAGGCAAAUGAGUAAGAGUGUCCAAGAUAUGCUGGAGACAAUGAAUUUUUAUGACUAACAAUGGCUAGAGUUUACCUGGUGUUUCUGUAUUUUGGAACUGCUAAGGAAGCUGUUUGUUUCCUGUCUAAGUGAUUCUGAUAAAUUUUCCACUAACUUAGCCAGAUAUGUGGUAUUCCAGAGGCAUAAAUGUAGGCUAAAUUAUAACCUUUUUUUAACUUCAAUUUGAAUUGUACAUAUAAAACUAUUGCUGCUUUCCUUUUAAACUUGGGAAAAAAAAAAUCCAAACCCACAAACAUUUCUUCCUCAAAGAUUAGAUCAAUGCAUUUUAUCUUUGGGAAAACUAAUUUAAUUAUUUCUUCACAAAUACUAUAUUACCUAUUUGAUAUUUAUAAAUUUUGAAAAUGUUUUAUUUUUGAAGCUUUUUACUUACAGCUUCAGAGCUCAUCAUUUCCAGCUUAUUUCUUAGAGUGUAAUGCAAAAAUAGUUUUGAUAAAUGAAUUAACAUAUGAAAAUUCCUCCAUAGUCAGGUAACUCAACUGAAAAUAUUACUAAAGAAGAUAAAUAACAGAACAUCUAAGAUGAGCCCAAAGGGAAGAGCAGAUCUUCUGAUGUAGUAAUGAGAGAACCGAAAUCACUGAUAUUAUAGAAGACAUACCUAUGUAACGUGACAAUUCCUCAACAGACUAUAUCUGACAAAAUACUGGUAAAGCACAUGUGCCUGCUUACAUAUUCUAAGUACCUAAUGAAUAAUUAGCUCCUCAUCUUUGAGAAAAUGAUCAUGAAAUGGUAUGAAAUUGUAAAAUUAUUGUUAGAAAUGUACUAAUGGAAUUGCUAUGACCUUAUUCCCCUGGGCCGUGUGAUCCUCUAGUGCUUAUAAUGCAGCACUUCUCAGAGGAAGAAGCCUAGCAAGAGACUGCUUACUAGAUGCAUCUGUUUCUAGAGAUUAGUUUCCUUUAAGACUACCAGUUAGUUACGUCUUGGAAUCCUGGGACCCUGGGAUAUUAAAACUGAAUUUGGUUUAUAUUAAACAAAAUUAAUAGUCGAGACUUUAUUCUCAGUUACAGUGGAGUCCAGGUAGUAUGGAAGGAUCCAUGGGUAAAUGAAAAUGAGACCCUCAGAUUUUUUUCGUAGCUCACAGAAAAGUAAAACAACCGGAAAUAAAAAUUUUGUCUUAAAUACCUGAAAGAAAGCAAAAUCAUUUGAAAGUUGUGAACUUGUUAAGAUACUAGCCAGAAUGCUUGCAAGCAAGCAAGUAUACACUGUUUCUUACACUUGCCUUGUAGUUCUGCAACAAUCCAGUCAUGUAAUUUUUGCCUCAUACCAAACCACCAUGUCUGACAUCGUAAAACAAAGACCGCCCUCCUGCUCUCUUAAAUAAGCUAAUGUUUAAUUAAAUAUUUCCUUUUUAAGAAGCAUUUGUGCGUGUGUGUGUGCGUGUGUUGUGUUCAUGAAAAAAGAAUAUGAACAGUACUCUUUCCUUCCUUGCUAUUUUACAUUAUCGUUGUCACAUUCUCUGUAAUAACUUACUUGCCAGGUAAAUGUAGUCUCUGGAAACUGAUUAUUCUCUUUGCUUUUUACCAGAUGGGCUAGGAAAUUUAUUCUGGGUAGUUAACUAGUCUUCUGUGACAUUGGUACAUCUGGAGACUGGGUUCAUCAUCAACAGUUUGUUGCUACCACUGCAAUUACCCCAGCUUGAGUUCUGUCCUUGAUUUUCAGUCCAGCCUAGAGUCAGAUGCAUGGGAUUCCCAAGCCUCCUCUACCAACAUCCUCUCCCUGUGAACUGCAAAUUAUUAUGGAUUUGUUCAUGAAGGAUGUUUUCUUUCAAAAUUUUAAAAUAGUUACCUUCAGAGAAGUCUUUUGUCUACCCCUUCUACCACUGAUUUUUAAGGAAACUUGCAAUUACCAGAACACUUUCUCUCCUUUACCCAUUUUUCAGAAGAGAGAACUGAUAAUACCUUUCUUAGGGAGAGAUAAUCACAAUGUGGAAGUUUCCUUAGUAAUGGGUUUUAUGUUACUUUGGUAUGCAAUUAUAAAAUAAGAGUCUGGUCUUCUGAGCUAGGAACAUAAUAGAAUAUAAAAUAGAAAAUUUUCAUUACAAAUUCUUGUUAAGGGGAGGGAGAUUUUCCUUCAUGCCGGUGGAGUAGCACCUACCACUUGGAACUUUUUCAAAACAGUGAAUUGAACUUUUGGGUUUUUUUCAGGUCAUAAGUUUCUUUGCAAUGUAAUAUCUCAAAUAUUUGAAGAAUAAAGGUAAAAAUAGUUUGCUUAGUUUGGGAGGUGGGAAGGAGAAUCUACUAAGAAGACAUUACAUUGUACUUUUAAUUUAAGUUGCUGUAUCAGUUUAUAAAGCCACAAAUAAAACCUUUUAGUGCUGGGUUAAGGACCUCUGCCAGCAAAAUAUUUAAAAGAAAUACUUAAAAUUUGUAACACCUCUUCUGAUUUUGCCUAAUACCAGUUCCUGUCAUGUGUAUAAACAUCAUGCUGGUCGUGUUCUGAUCAUAUUCUGAUCGUAUUCUGACAAUAUUAGUUUCAUUCAUAUUUUGGUGGGUUGGAAGCAGGCUGUCAAAAGGCACAACUUUGUUUGGUUUUCUUAUUGUGUUGAAUUAAAAAUGCAUUUAAAACUCAGAAA